AUGCUAACUCCAUAUUGGCAAAUGGAUUUAAUAAUUUAUGAAACAAUAAUAUUAUUUCCAAUUUAUAUACUACUUCUGAUGGAUAUUGUGAUUGCAAGGAAAAAGUUAUCAAUGUUUCAAAGUUCCUACUAUAUUCUAGUUAUUUCUCAAGGAAUUGCUGAUAUUUUGACAAUUUUAAUAAUCAUCAAUUUAUUAUUAGCGAGAUAUUUUGCGAUUGGAAAUAUUCUGACCUAUGAUUUACAAGACUAUGGAAUGGCUUCGUUUCACUCGAAUACAGGACCAUUGUUAUUCGUUUUGAGAUUAUUUGGUGUAUUUUUGAUAACUUUGCAAAGAUAUUUGGCGGUUUGUAGAAAUGGUGGAACAAUGAACAGAGUGAGUAUUUUUUGGGUAAAUAAUGGUUCAAAAUUAUAAAAUUCAAAUAUUUCUAUGAAUCAAAAACCAAAAAGGUUCAUGAUCCAUGAGACCAAAAAUAAAGCUAAAAAUAUGAAGUAUUCUCACGUCUUGAACAGUCUGUGUAUCGUGUGAAAGUUGAAUUUUUGAUCUGGCCAAAAUUAUUUUCUCGAUUUAUCUUUAGACUCGUGCUGAGUGAGGAAAAAAGUAAAAACAUGGAUAAUUUUUAAUCACAAGCAGUGUUUCCUGAAAUCUAAGGUAGACCGGUACCUGAAUUUCAAAUUCAGCAGUUUUAAGUAGUAAAAACCUAAAGUAUGCGAUAAUUGUUUUGUUAUAAAGGUGCCGACACGCGAGAAAUGAAACACUGGUUUCAUUAAAUGAUUAAAAAAAUUCAUUUUAACUUUUCUGUUUUCUAUUUUUUUUAAUAUCAAAUUUGAAAAUCAUUUGUUAACGUGAUGACCUAGUUUAAACAAAAAUUAUAAAAAAUCAGAAAUCCCAAAUUGAAAUAACGGUUUCAUUUCUCUUGUGUCGGCACCUUUAGAACUGGCAAAACCUUGUUUGAUAUUCAGACUCUGGUUGGUUUUAUAGAUUUUCGAAUCAAUUCAGAAAAAAGUUCAGUUUUCUUUUCAGGUGUUCAACAAUAUUCCAUGGUACAUUUUGAUAGCAAUUCAUUGGGGUAUUCCAAUGCUCAUUUAUACGCCAGCUUUCAUAGUUAGCAAUGCUCAUUUUGAUAAUCCAAAUACACUUUUCAUUGUCAAUACUACACAACAUAUGCAGGUUUGUUAUUCAUUUUUAAAAAUAGAUGACACAUGGCAUGCUUCACUGAAUUUCUUGAUAAUAAUUUUAAUUAGGAAAUAUUUUCAGACUUUCUCAAUGAUAGUAGUCAUAUCGUUUUUCGUCAUUGGUAUUUUGAUUCUUAUGAUGUAUUUGAGUGUUUUAUUGGUUUUGUUUCAAACACGAAAAGUUGUGGGGACUAUAAAUACAGCAAUUUUGUGAGUAACAAAAAUAGUUCUUCAUUGAAUUCAAUUGUUCCUGGAAGAAAAAUAUUUGUGCUACCAAAAUUUGAUAAUUUCUCAAACCACAAAAAUUCCCAAGCACUACAAAUUUCCUUUUUUCUGAUCAAAAAUCCGUUUCUUUUCUAGUCGGAAAAGAUCAAUGCGAUAUCAAGAAAUUCGUUUGGCAAUCCAUGUUUUCCUUCUUGUCACCAUGUCAGUCUUCACAUUUUUAUAUUAUUUUUUCGAAUAUCAAUUUGCUAGUAAUCAAAUUGUACGUAAUGUUGUUCAACCUAGAUUUAUUUUUUUGUAACUCAACAAUCGAAAAUCAAACAAUAACUCUUGAUAAUUGUCAUUCUUUUUCAAAAAUAUAGAUUUUUUGGAACAAAAAAAAAUUAAUUAUAGGAUGGCGAACGGCGAAGUCUUCGAGUUUAUUAUCCGAUUGUAGCUGGCAACUUUUCAUAUAUAAAUCCAAUCACAUUGUUGGCAUUGAAUCGAGACGUUCAAGCGAGGAUUAAAUCGUGGUUUUGUGGAAAAAAGGUGGGUGUUUUAUGGGAGGGUAUUCUCGUUAGUUAGAAGGUGUAGUUUCUGAGGUCUAAUAUUUUCUGCAUGAAAAUUAGACCAAGAGUUCAAUAUUUGUUCAAGCAUCAAAGUGAAUAAUUUGAUCUGAUGUGUCUGCUUGAAUUGCACGUUUUUUUUUGGAAAAAAUUGAAAUAGCAUGCACGUUUGGGUCAAUUUUCAACACCUUGCUUGAAGCUAGUGGAAUACAUAAAACUGUAUUUCAAUUUUUUUUUCAAUUUUUUUUGAUUUGUUCGUUUUUUUUUAUUUUGAAGUUUGAUCACAUAUAACACGUUUCUAUGAAAAACCAGUCGUGCAAAAUUUAAUGAAUGAAAGCAUGAAACCUCUUUUUCUUAUUCUUCUUCAAAAAAUCAUGUAUACAUAGAUAUACGUUUCAGCAUCACGAAAAUUUGAGUGCUCACAACGGCCGAUUGACUUGGCCACACAAUAAAGGUGUCAAUUCUGUUUUAUCUUGAACUAACAAAAAAAAAUGCUUGAACUCAAUUGGCAAAUUAUAAUUGUUAUUUUCGAGUCUAUAAUUCUUCUUCCACUUUAUUUCAUUAUUUUACUCAAUAUUUUAGUGAUGCGCAGGUUUUUACCAACUUUUCGAAGUCAUUUCUAUACAUUGGUUAUCUCACAGGUAUGUCGCAUAUUUUCAGACUUGUUUGUUUGGAAUGACAUUUCCCAACAAACCUUCCAAUUAAAAAUUGAAGGGUAGAAGUUAUAUUUUGAACACAUGACGAUUUCGUGGUCUAUAAACAAACAUCUUUGUGAUAACACUGUUUCCAGGGUAUUGCCGAUUUCUCGACAGUUUUUGCAAUAAUCGCUCUACUCCUUCCGAGAUAUUUUGGAAUUGGGAACAGCCUUCUUUUUGCACUUGGUCCUUAUGGUGGCGCAUCAUUUUUCUCAAAUAGUGGUCCGUUUUUCUUUGUUCUUCGAAUUUACGGUGUUUUUCUUAUCACUCUACAACGAUUUCUGACAGUUUGUGUUGCGACAUCAAGACUAACUGCGAAAUUUGCACUCAUUAGACCUUUCAAAAUUGUUUUACUUCACUGGCUGGUUGCUUUACUUAUAUUUUCACCGGCAUUGCUUUUGAGUGACACUGUUUUUGAAAAUUCAGAAAAUCUAUUUCUUAUCAAUAAUGAGGCACAAUCUCGAGCAUUCUCUAUUAUUGUAAUUUCAUGUUUUGCUGUUUUUGGGCCAACUACAAUAGUUUUAUACAGCCAAAUGUUGAAAGUUAUUUGCUCAUCAAAUCAUGCACCAUUGAGUAAUACUUCUAUGUAAGUUAGAUAUUAUUACUUGAUUUUUUCUUAUUUCUUUUCUUCAGUCGAAAACGUGCGUCUCGAUAUCAAGAACAUCGUUUGAGUAUACAUGUAUUUCUUCUAACUAUUAUGUCAAUUUUAACAUUUUUCUACUAUUUUUGUGAAUAUUUAUAUUCUGAUCGGAUAACCAGUGAAGCAAUGCGAUAUGUUCGUAAAUUUUAUCCUCUUAUUUCUGGAAAUUUCUCAUUCAUCAGCCCCAUGGUUUUGAUUAUAUUAAACAAAGAAGUGCAAUCGUCGCUGAAAAAAAUGUUUUGCUCAAAAUUGGCAGCUACAACUGAAAACAGUCUUCGUCUUAAUACUUGGACCACAAGUCCAUAA